GAGUUUCCCAACAAAGCGUGCUGUUUUCUCAAAAUAUUACCCACCAGCGCGUCGUUAUGGUGCAUGAUACAGUCAGCACGCUCUUCUUCGAUACAAACGGCAUGUUGUUUGUUGGUUCUCUAUAUGGUUGGAAUAAAUGUGCGUAAUGAAACGGGCACUGUUUACGUGUUCCAUAAAUAAACAGCGUGCCGGUUUGCCAAGUCGUAACGUCACGGCGUUCGUCAAAGGAAACGUGGACGGCGUGCGAAAGCUUAUUUCCCGGCGUCACGAAAUCAAUUUCAAACCAGCAAAAGAGAGAUCCCAUUUUCGCCUCUCAGUCUCAGUGCGCAGUUUCCUUCCCCAUACGAAGAAUUAAUUCUCCGCCGAAGCUUAUUUUGCGGGAAAACACUAGAUUUUCCCGAGAAUAUCAAUCUCCAAGAGCAAGCAAUCGAACAACAAGGUCCGAUCUAUCCGUCCGUCAUCCUCAAAUACAUUGCCGUCAGCGUACGAAUUUCGAGGUACUGUAGAGAUUCCCUUGGCAUCGAUACGAUUGUCCGUCGAAGAUCAUCGUCAGAAUUGAUCUCCCGAAACUUAUUCGCUCGGAGAGAAUUUGAGCGAUCGAGGAAAAAAAAGAUGAUGAGAAUGUGGAAAUGGUAUCAGAAUUGUUUGGCGAUACAUCCGGUGAAGACGCAGGUGAUUAGCUCCGGAGUGAUUUGGGGCUCCGGCGACAUACUUGCACAGACGAUCACUCAAAGAACAGGGAAGAAACAUCUUCGUCAAGAUGAGGACGAGAGAAAUGAGUCGAAGAAGCUCAACUGGAGAAGAGUCGCAGCUGCGAGCUUGUACGGUCUCGGAUUCGUCGGACCUUUUGGGCAUUUCUGGUACGAAGGUUUGGACCGAGUGAUAAAGACUCGGCUCCGACUCCAGCCAAAAUCCUUCAAGUUCGUCGCUGCAAAAGUUGCGCUAGACGGAUUCAUUUUCGGGCCGCUGGAUUUGCUCGUGUUUCUUUCCUACAUGGGAUUCACCACAGGGAAGAGCAAAGAAACCUCUCUGCGAGAAAAAUAA